AUGAUUGGACAAUCCCUCCCAGAGCCAGCGACAGAGCUUGGCCGUCACAGGAUAUUCUCGUCGACGGCCGCAAUGAGAGUGUCCCCGCUUCAGCUGGGCGGCAUGUCUAUAGGUGAAAAAUGGGCUGGAUUUCUGGGGUCCAUGGACAAGGAGACCUCGUUCAAACUACUCGACGCCUUUUGGGAAGCCGGAGGUAACAUCAUUGACACCUCAAGCAACUACCAAGAUGAGCAGUCGGAGACGUGGAUCGGCGAGUGGAUGGCGCAGCGAGGCAACCGUGACUCCAUGAUCAUCGCCACCAAGUUCACCACGGACUACCGCAGCUACGCUGUUGGCAAGGGACCUCAGGCUGCAAACUUUAGCGGCAAUCACCGCAAGCUCAUCCACAUGUGUGUGCGGGACUCGUUGAAGAAGUUGCAGACAGACUAUAUCGACAUCCUCUACAUGCACUGGUGGGACCACACUACGUCGAUCAAGGAACUGAUGGACACCCUGCACAUGCUCGUGGUGCAAGGCAAAGUCCUAUACCUUGGAGUCUCAGACACCCCAGCGUGGAUCGUCGCAGCCGCAAACACGUAUGCCGUCGAGCAAGGAAAGACACCAUUCAGCGUCUACCAGGGGAGAUGGAACGUGAUGAACCGAGCAUUUGAAAGGGAUAUCAUACCCAUGGCCAGGCACUUUGGAAUGGCAUUAGCUCCCUGGGACGUCAUGGGCGGAGGCAAAUUUCAAACCAAAGAAGCCAUUGAAAAGCGCAAAGAAGCCGGAGAACCUCUACGCUUACUCUCGGGUGCACACCAGACCCCAGAAGAAGUAAGAAUGAGUGCUGCCCUGGCCAAGGUAGCGGCCGAGCACAAUAACGAGUCCGUCACCGCCAUUGCCUUGGCCUAUGUACUGCACAAAGCCCCCAACGUAUUUCCAAUCGUGGGAGGGAGAAAGGUCGAGCAUCUACAGGACAACAUCCGGGCAUUGAGCAUCAAGUUGACCGAUCAGCAAAUUUCCUUUUUGGAGAACGUGCGACCAUUUCAAUUGGGAUUCCCUCAUGACUUUAUCGGCCCCGAUCCCCAGUUGACUGGCAAAUCAAAUUGGCUCGCCCGCACUAGCCACGUUGUCUUUCCGAACGCCCAGAAACAAAAGUCGAUCUAG